AAUACUUGCUCUAUAAUAAUAAUUGCUUCUCUCUCAUUGAGCUCUCGAGGAGGAGCUGAGGAUUCUUCUGAAUACUAAAAUUUAAAAAAAAAUGGGGAUGCACAGGGAGUCGUCGUCGUCGCAGUAGUACUUAACUAGUCGAGCACAGGGCACACCCCAACAAACCGAGUAGCAGAGAGAGAGAGUAGCUCCCGGGAUUCCCUUGCCAUGCCAUUGCCAUGUGAUGCUCCUCCUUCCUUCCCCUGCAUAUUAUUAGCACCAGCAGCAAGCAAUUAAGACCAGCACCAGCACCACCAGCAGCAGCAGCGGCCAGUUGCAGCUCGCCACCUUCCUCCCUGCUUCUUCCUCCUCUUCUCCGGUUUCUUGCCUUGACCAAUCAAGAAGAGAGAGAGAGAGAGAGCGGAAGGAUGGGGACGGGGUGGCGGAGGGCGCUGUGCACGUCCGUCCAGCGGGACGACAGCGGCGACGCCCACCGCGACGCCAAGAACAAGAAGCGCCGGCCUCAGGACGCGCCCACCGCAGGCGGCGGCGGCGCCGGCGGAUUCUUCUCUGCCGUCAAGAGCGCCGCCACUGGGGGCGGCAGCGCCGGCGGCAGCAGCAGCACCCCCUCGACGCCCACCCUGCGCUGCCGCACCAAGCCCCUGCAGCAGCCCGCGGAGGCCGCGCCCGUGACGCCGCCCUCUGCGCCGGCGCCCAUGAGGAAGCACCGGAUGCCGCUGCUGCAGGCGCUGUCGGCGCCGGCGUCGCCCAGAUCCCCCUCCAGAUUCGCGCUGCUCAAGGCCUCGCUCCUCCCGUCCAAGGCCCGGUGCGGCGUGUGCUCGCGCGGCGUCAAGAGCGGCGGCAGCUCGGCAGUGUUCACGGCGGAGUGCUCCCACGCCUUCCACUUCCCCUGCAUCGCCGCCCACGCGCGCUCCUCCUCCGCCAAUGGCGUCCUCUCCUGCCCCGUCUGCGCCUCGCCCUGGCGCCAGGCGCCCUUCCUCGCUUCCCUCCGCCUCCACUGCUCCUUCCAUGACGACAAGCACCGCGGCACCGGCACGGACGGCCGCAAGACGCCGCCAUCAUCCGGCGGCGGCGCCGGACCUAAGCUCUACGACGACGACGAGCCGCUGCUGGCGCCCAAGGCCGCGGCCAGCGGCGGCGGCUUCAACCCGAUCCCGGAGGCCGACGAGGACGAGGAGGAGGAGCAGGGCGCCGAGUUCAGGGGCUUCUUCCCGCGGCCCAGGACCUCGGGGCUCGCGGUCACCGUGGCGCCCGAGGCCGCGCUAGUGUCGUCGGGGCGGCGGCACGGCAAGUACGUGGUGGCCGUGAAGGUGAAGGCGCCCGGGCUGCGGUCGACAGCGGCGGCCCCUUCGCGGCGCGCGGCCAUCGAUUUGGUGACGGUGCUGGACGUGAGCCAGGGCAUGAUGGGGGAGAAGCUGCAGAUGCUCAAGCGCGGGAUGCGGCUGGUGGUUGCCUCGCUCGGCCCCGCCGACCGCCUCUCCAUCGUCGCCUUCUCCGGCGCCGCCAAGCGCCUGCUGCCGCUGCGCCGGAUGACGAGGCAGGGCCAGCGGGCGGCGCGCCAGAUCGUGGACCGCCUCGUCGUCUGCGCCGCCGCCGCGAGCACGCAGGGGCAGGAGCAGCAGCAGAGUGCCUGCGUCGGCGACGCGCUGCGCAAGGCCACCAAGGUGCUCGAGGACCGGCGUGACCGCAACCCGGUGGCCACCGUCAUGCUGCUCUCCGACACCCAGCAGCAGCAGCAGCCGGCGGCGGCAGAUUACUACUCGGCGUCAAGGAAGCAGCAGUUUGGGCGGCCGGCCGUGGCUCCGGCGACGCGGUUCACGCACGUGGAGAUCCCCAUCGGCGACGCGCCGCCGCCCCUGGUGGUGGCCGAGGAGGAGAAGGCAGAGCCUCCGGUGGAGCACGCGUUCGCCAGGUGCCUGGGCGGCCUGGUCAGCGUGGUGAUGCAGGAGGUGCACCUGGAGCUGGCGUUCCCGAUGGGGGAGAUCACGGCGGUGUACUCGUGCGGCCCCGGGCAGCAGGCCGUGGUGCUUGCCGGCGGCGGCGGCGGCGCCGUGAGCAGCGUGCGCCUGGGCGAGAUGUACGCGGAGGAGGAGCGGGAGCUGCUGCUGGAGCUGCGCGCGCCGCUGCAGCAGCACAGCCACCCGCACUCGCUGUCGGUGCGGUGCGGCUACCGCGACCCGGCGUCGCAGGAGGCGGUGCGAGGCGCGGAGCAGGCGCUGCUGCUGCCGCCACUGGGCCAGCAGCAGGCAGCGUCGCGGCGGCUUCACGACCUGUUCGUGGCGACGCGGGCGGUGGCGGAGGCGCGGCGGCUGGCGGAGCUACAGGACCUGGCCACGGCGAUCCACCUGCUGUCGUCGGCGCGGGCGCUGGUGCUGCAGUCGCCGACGCAGCAGCAGCAGCAGGAGCUGGUGGCGAGCCUGGACACGGAGCUCAGCGACAUGCGGUGGCGGCGCAGCCAGCACCGGCAGCAGCAGCAGGAGGAGGACCAGCUGCAGCAUGCGAGGAGCGGCCGGAGGAGGCGGGGAGACGGGGAGACGACGCCGCCCGUGGGGACGCCGCGAGGGUCAGGGUCAGGGUCGGGAUCAGGGGAGCCGCUGACGCCGACGUCGGCGUGGCGCGCGGCGGAGCAGCUGGCGAAGGUGGCCAUCAUGCGCAAGUCCAUGAACCGGGUGAGCGACCUGCACGGAUUCGAGAACGCGCGCUUCUGAUGGUGUCUGUAAAAUUUGGGUGUUUUGAUUUGGUUUAGCCAUUUUGGAUCUUUUUUCUUUUUUUGCUUUUGUGAAAUGAUGAGAUGAGGAAUGCAACAGGAGCAGAGGAGCCCGCCGCCGCCGGAGUGUGGCGGACGGCGGCUAGUAGAUGAUCUGAUGAUGAACAGAGCAGUCAGCCAGCAGAGCUGCUGCUGCUGUUAAUUUGUUAUUACCCAAGUUUUAUAUGGAUUAUUAUCAUGAUGACGGUAAAUCAAGUCACAUACUACUAGUGUUUU